AUGCAUCUGCUUGGUCGGUCUUUGGGGAUUGCUGCUGUUGUGUCGUUGGCUGCUGCUGCGCCGUCUCGUUCUAUCCCUCGAGAUGUGUCGAUUGAUGUGCUUAGCCAAUUGACUCUAUAUUCUCAGUGGGCUGCAGCUUCAUACUGCACGAACAAUAACAACUCGACCGGCGAUGCGCUCUCUUGCGAAGAAGGCAAUUGUCCGUUGGUUGAGUCCGCAGAUACAACCACGCUAUACGAGUUUGAUAAGACCUGCAGCUAUGGUAAUGUCGCCGGUUUCUUGGCUGUCGACAAGACGAACAAACUGCUCGUUGUCUCAUUCCGAGGCAGUCGCACAUUAAGUACUUGGAUCGCAAACAUCAACUUUGGGUUUACCGAUGCCAGUAGCCUAUGCAGUGACUGCAAAGCCCAUAGCGGAUUUUUGGAAUCCUGGAAGACUGUUGAAGAUGACCUGACAUCCCAAAUUAAGGCUGCGCAAGCUACCUAUUCAGGCUACACGCUGGUCCUGACCGGCCACAGCUUUGGCGCUGCCCUUGCCACGUUGGGAGGUACAGCGCUCCGAAAUGCCGGAUACACACCGAAAGUGUAUUCCUAUGGCCAGCCACGAGUAGGCAAUGUGGCGCUGGCUACCUAUAUCACGGAGCAGGGCAGUAUCUGGCGAGUUACGCACACUGAGGACCUUGUGCCCAAGUUGCCCCCUGCCUCUGUCGGCUUCAGCCAUUCCAGCCCGGAGUAUUGGAUUACCAGCGGCGACAAUGUGGAGGUCACCUCGUCUGAUAUUGAAGUCAUUGAAGGCGUAGGUGCGAGGACUGGCAAUGCGGGGACUCUGAACCCCAAUACCGACGCACACGGCUGUGGGCCUAAAGGACCCCGCCGUCGCAGUCGACUAAAAGCUAUCUUCCUCACCAUCUUCAUCGUCCUCAUUCUUUACCUGCUCUUCUUUACAAGCUCGAAAUCCCCUGUGAGCACCGAAACAGGCACCUAUGCGCAGACACAUGGAUCGAAGCAAUCGGACGAGCUGGCUCGUCCUGCUGUCCGCAAGCGCAAAGAUAUGAUUGUUGCCAGCAUGAAAAGUGAUGACACGUCAUGGCUGUCGGAGUACUUUCCUGACUGGCCCAAAAGCAUCUACGUGGUGGAUAACAAGCACGCGCCGCUGACGGUGAUGCGCAAUAAAGGGCGCGAGUCGAUGGUCUAUUUGACAUACAUCAUUGACAAUUACGAGAACCUACCGGACACAAUGCUCUUCAUCCACUCGCAACGUUUCCAAUGGCACAACGACGACCCAUACUACGACGGUGUCCCACCGCUACGCAACUUCCAGAUCGCCUAUCUACAAGAGCAAGGAUAUGUCAACCUGCGAUGUGUGUGGACACUUGGAUGCCCGACGGAAAUCCGUCCCCUCACGGAUACCCACCGCAGCGACGUCCACGCCGGCGAAUACUUCAAAAACGGAUUCAUGGAGCUGUUCCCUGGGACGCCAAUCCCGGAGGAAGUGGGUGUGUCAUGCUGCGCGCAGUUUGGCGUGUCCCGCGCCAAGGUGCUGGAGCGGCCACGCAGUGAUUAUGAGCGGUUCCGCACCUGGUUAGUGAAUACGCCACUGAAAGAUGAUUUGAGUGGGCGGAUUAUGGAAUAUUCAUGGCAUAUGAUCUUUGGAAAAGACCCUGUGCAUUGCCCCAAUGCCCAGGAGUGCUACUGUAAAGUAUUUGGAUUGUGCGAUCUGACCUGCCCGUGGGAGGGUGGCUGUGAUGAUCGCUAUUCCCUGCCACCUUUCUCCUCGCUGCCUAAGGGGUGGCCUGAUGUUGGAUGGAAUGGUCAAGCACAAGACAGUUCACAAGGAUUACCAGAAACCUGA